CAUCAUACUCUGCCAUCAGCCAUAUUGUCUUACUGUUGUGAUUAUAAGAACAACUCUUGAACCUGUCUUGUGUUAUAUUUUUUUUCCCUGCGUCUUUACUGUUCUAACCCACCACAUAUUAUUUUAUUUUUUUUUUGUUUUUUUUUUCUAUCCAACUCGUCUAUGCACUUUCUCUCUCUGAUUAUAAAUAAAUUAAUACUGCGUUAAUGUAUCUGUCAUAUUAAUUUAGUUCUUGUAGUGAGGUUAUACUUUUUGAUACACAUUAUUUUAUUAAAUUCAAACUACAAAUUGAAAAGAAAAAGUUAUGACAAAAAUUACCGGUGAUUUAAAAAAAGUUUAAAUUCAUUCAAGUGAAUAAUUAAAAAUUUUUUAUGUGAAUAUUAAAGCUUUAAUUUUUUAUACUGAUAAAAUGGCUGAAAAUUUGGGAAAACGUCCUUCUAAAGGAAUUCUGAAGACAUCUAGUAGUUUUGAAAGCCACGAGGCUCCUCCAAAACCUAAAAAGCAAACUAAUUGGGAUGAAAUGAAUGUCCUUGCGACGUUACAUCCUCCAGAAAAAGAUUACGGGCAUAUGAAGAUAGAGGAGCCGAAAACACCUUACAAUUACGAGGGAUACGGAAAUAGCCAUGAGGAUGAUGAACUCGAUUCUUCAGCAGUCAGUGAAAAGUUAUCGAGAAAUAGUCAGCCGAGAAUAUUUCAACAAUUAGACGACGAGGAAGAGGAUGAGCUAGACACACCUGAAAAAAUAGAAAAGCGAAAAGCCUUCUUAGCAAAACGGAAAGGCCAUUACAGAGAAUGGGACGCAGUAACGUUGGCGCGUAGUAAACAAUUGUUAGAAGAGGACGAGGACGAGGACGAAGAUGAGGAGAAUAAAGACAAUAAUGAUCCUCACAAUUCUGAUCAAGAAGAUCACCCAGUAGCUGAUGAUAAUGAAUCGGAGCCGAGUGCUGACUCAAAUACUGCUACCAAGUGCGUGUCAUUAUCUUGUGAUAGUGAAAAUAAGUCAGAAUUGAACUCUCCGGAGUAAAUGAACUUGUGCUUUUUUUCAUUACCUUGAGUUAUUUUUACUAGUAUAACAUAAGUUAUACUUGUAUACUUAGCAGAAUCGGUUUCCGUAAAAUGAUUAACUUUAAUCUUAUCUUUUGAAACGAUCAUAAUCAUGACUAUGACAUCUGAUGAUAAUAUUAACGCUCUUUAGCUAUUUAAAUGUGUAGGUUGCUUUGUAAAAAGUCUUAUUGUUAGAAUUAUAUUAUAUUGUACGUAGUUACACAUAAGCGUCAAAUUGAGGCAUACUUUAUCCGUUAGAACAGAGUCUUAUUGGUGAUAAAUUGAUAAUGAUAACCGAUUAUAAACUUUGAGAGAUUAAAAAAAAGCUAAGGAAAAACAUAUUAUGUAUGUUUGAUACGAAAACUUCCAUUUAUUAAUUGAUGAAUUAAUAAAUUCUUCCGAAUUAUUAAAAAUAACUUGAUGCUUGUUCAUAAUUAAUGAGGCAAGUUGUAUAUUUAUACAACGAACUCAGACUGAUUGCAGAUGCAGUUUGAGAUACUUGGUAGCGUUUUAUUAUUUUGAUAGGAUAGAUGCUUUUUUUUUCUUUUUAUUUAUUGAUUAACUCAAACUGUCUUAAGCACUAAGAGUUUAUUUAUAAUUACAAUAUCUUUGGAGUGAGAAAUUAAGAUGCGGUGUUCAAGAAAAGAAUAUAUUGAUCAUAACAAAGAUACGCAGUAAUAAGAUUGAUUAUGAAAGUGAAUAUUUUAUACGUAAAAUUAUAAAUAGGACUAAGAUAAAAAUAGUAUAUUGGGAAAUUUGACUCUACUGUAUAAAAAAAUAUUUUCCUGGUGAGAGAUGAGCUAUUGAUUUAAUUUCUAUCUCUUGUAAGUCAUUAUCACUAUGUAAUAAUAUUAUUAUACCUACAUAUAUCUAUAUAUGUGUUCAUUCUUUAACGUUGGAUUUUGCGCAUGAAGUAUACAUUUUUAGAAAUCAAUAGAUUAAAAAGAGGUCAAAAAAAAUUUUGAUUUUUCUAUAAGUUCAUUAAGUCAUUACUCAUUAAUAUUUUACUAACUCCAAUAAAUGUUGGCAUUAUAUCAAUAUAUUUAUAUUUAUUUAUAAUUCUAUUUUAUAUUUAUAAUACUGACCUAGUGAUGACAAAUUAUUAACGCGCCGUGUAAUUUUGUGAUAUUUAUUUUUUUCUUUUGAUAAAAAUUUAUUUCAUAUUUACAAAGUUACGUCGAAAAAACUAUAUAUAUUAAAUAAAAUAAAAUAAAAUUUAUAAAUUUUUAUAUUUUAUUUUUUCCUUAAAGACUUAAUUAUUAAAAUCCCUCGAGAUUUUUAUUAGGAUUUAACUAAAUGUACAAUUGUGGCAAAUGUUGUAGAGAUUCAUUAAAUUAUAUUUUCAGAGAUGUAAUAAAAUAUUUUUCUGCAAUAUAUUAAUUAUUAUUAUAAAUUAAUUCAUCAGUUGGUUUUAAAAAUAAUAUAUUUUACAGAUUAUCUAUGAAAAUUUUACUGUGUAAAAUUAAUAGUACCCAAUGUAGGAAUUGGUAGUCUAAAAAACAAAAGAUAAAUGUAAAAAUUAGCAGAUUAGCUGCUAGUAAAUCAAGAUCGCAAAACUUUACUUGAACUUAAUAAAAAUAAUUAAUAGUAAUAAUAAA